AUGGCACAGUUGUCUUUACUUUUGUUUUUACUAUCGUUUUUCCUGUUUCCCGGAUGCUGCAGAGGCAUGCAAGUUACUUUUGCAUCGGAUAUACACUACGAUCCUUUCUAUGGGGGGCCUGACGCAUUUGGUACGGCCUGUCGGUCCGCAGGCCUGCCCCUUGUUAGGCGAGGAUGCGAAUCUUCGGCUGACUUUGUCAAAUAUUGGGCCUCAGAUAUGGCAACACGUAAAUCGGCCUGCACAUUUGUGACGGGUGACCUGCAAAGGCACGAUUUUCCUUCCCUAAAAACUACUGUUACUGCUACAUUUGGGUUCGUCAUUGAAAGACUUGCUGCAGUUUCGCCGAACAAGACCCCCAGUGGGAGACCGUCGGUGUUGGUUGCCCUGGGGAACAAUGACGUGGUGCCGGAUUACUACUUCGAUGUAACAAGAAUUCCAUCCCGGGUUAUUUUGGAAGAGGCUUCCGUCAUGCAGAAAAAUGGCGUGCUCAUGGCAGACGAAGCCCAACAGUUCCAGCAAUGCGGAUAUUAUUUGCGUGUUGUUUCUCCAAAAUUGCGAGUCAUCGUGCUUCAUACUCUUCUUUGGUGCUACACCAUUGUGCCCGCUAUUCCAGAUGGCGAAGAAGAUCCGUGCAGUCAGUUUAAAUUUUUGACCACUGAGCUGGAGAAUGCACGGAAAGCAAAUUCAAAGGUCAUUAUCAUGAGCCACAUUCCCCCAAUGUCGAACAUAUGGAAAGUGCUUGAAGGUGGGAAUUUUACCUCCGUCGCAGAGGAUAUGUACUGGAAGCCAUUGUAUCAGAAGCGCUUUAACCAGUUGAUGAGGGAGUACUCAGAUACAGUGACGGUUCAACUGUAUGGGCAUACACAUCUAUUUUACUAUCAGGCACUUUCAGGGGGUGUGCCGUUUUUUAUUGUUCCGGCAAUAUCACCCCUUUAUGGGAAUGCCCCUUCUUAUUUCAUUGCACAACUGGACAACAAAAGCCUCUCCUUGAAAAGCCUCACUCAGCGCUAUUUCGAUUACGAUUGGACUAAUGGGGUUCUUGUGGAAGACCUAUUUGGUGAUUUGACCGAUACCGCGUCGCUUCGGGCAUCUGCAAUGAGGCUCGUUACCGAUGACAAAUUGUGGGCAAAAUAUGUGAGGUUGUGUGGUGGCGGCGUGGGAAGUGAUAAAUUGUUCCCCGGUGGGAAGUGUAAUUCGUGGUGCCGGAAGGUAAUUGCCUGCAGCAUGGUGUCCGAUGCGUGGGGUGACAUCAGAGCCUGUGUGGAGGCAAUUGAAAAGGAGCCGUCAAGGAAAUUAUUUAUCACCAUUCUCAUUGUUGUGAUUGUUUUGGCACUUCUGAUUUUGGGCAUUGUUAUACUGGUUGCUUAUCGUCGGAGACAGCUGCACUACAUGGAAGACGUGGGGCGCACGCAGUUCCACGAUGCUCUCCCGAUGUCGGUUUUUGCUACGAACGAAGUGGGGACUACGGGGGCGCAGGGGGAGUCGAAUUCCGGGGAAGGGUCUUACCACGACCAAUCGGGACACAAAAAAUGGAAGGGCAAAAGUUAG